UUAUCUUGGAUAAUCAUUUUCUAAUCAUCUUCCAGAAAAUACACAGCUUAUUUUCUCCUUCUUUUUUCUUUCUAGUUUUUUCCUUUUUCAAUGUGUAUUACCUUGUAAAAUUGCAUUCAUCCUCUUGCCUCAUUUUCUCUGUUUAUUCUCUUAUAUCCAUAAUUUGAUUCAUUUCAGGCCUUAUUCGUGAAUAUAUACUAAUAAACAUCAUGUAAACAGUGCGUGUCUUAUUAGCCUUUAUUCAGUUUUUGAAAAGAAAUUCGAGUGUCUCAGAUUUUUGCUUAGGCAUGUCCACAAGUUCCUGCUGCGUGUUUUGGUUUUUUUGCUUAUUGAAGGAUUAUGUGUCCACUGUGUUCGACAAUUUCAGUGCAAAUGUAGUUGUCAAUGGAGCCACUGUCAAUCUAGGGUUGUGGAAUACUGCUGGACAGGAGGAUUAUAAUAGAUUAAGAUCUCUGAGUUAUCGUGGGGCUGAUGUUUUCAUUUUGGCAUUCUCUCUCAUAAGUAAAGCCAGCUAUGAAAAUGUCUCCAAGAAGUGGAUUCCUGAGUUGAAGCACUAUGCUCCUGGUGUCCCAAUAGUUCUUGUUGGAACAAAACUUGAUAGCAGGUGAAAAGAGGAGUAAGAAAACAAAGAAAGCUAAGGAGACGAGGGUUCCCCGGAGACCACCAGAAAACCUUGCGAUUAGAGAUAGAAGCUCGUCGCCACGUCUCCCACCACGCGGCGCUCCAUUGCCUCAUGAUCCCCUCAUGAAUGGCAUUGCAUAUAGUCUUCCACCUCCAUAUGAUUUGUGGAUUGUGUAAGUGUUUUGUGGAUGUUUGCGAGGGAUGAAGUAGUCUAAUGUUGUAGACUAACUUAAUGUAGACUAGUUUAAUGUUUUGUGGAUGUUUACAAAUGUUGAAGUAGUUUAAUGUUGUUUUGAUGUUUGCGAAAGUUGAAGUAGCUUAAUGUCUCUUGUGAAUGUUUGAUUGAUGUUUUUAUUCAACUUUGAAGUAGUUUCGAAUUGAAUUUGAUGUAUUGGUGGUUGAAAUA